GAACCGAGGGCGGGCGCGAGGCGUGCGGCUCCGGGAGCGCGCGCGACGCCGGCCGCCUCGCUCGGGCCCAGGUCGCCGCCCGCGUCCCCGGCCGAGGCUGCCGCUGCGGCCGCCGUCGAGGGCGUGGUGGCUCCGGGCGGUGGGGGUCCGUCCACCGCGGGCCGCGCUCGUUGCCCCCGGGGCUGUCCCCUUGAGCGCACAGCAGUAAGUGUCUGGCAGACAUCCUAGAACUUUACCCACAGAGAAGAUGCUCCGAGACAGCGUGAAAUCUUGGAAUGACAGCCAGUCAGAUGUCUGUAGCAGCGACCAGGAGGAGGAGGAAGAGAUGGUCUUCGGGGAAAAUGAAGAGGAUUUGGAAGAGAUGAUGGACCUAAGCGACCUGCCCACUUCACUUUUCGCUUGCAGUGUCCACGAAGCGGUGUUUGAGGUCCAGGAGCAGAAGGAGAGGUUCGAAGCUCUGUUCACCUUCUAUGAUGAGCAGGUCACAUUCCAGUUGUUCAAGAGUUUUCGCAGAGUGAGGAUCAACUUCAGCAAGCCGGAGGCCGCGGCGAGAGCACGGAUAGAGCUCCACGAGAGCGAGUUCCACGGCCGGAAGCUGAAGCUGUACUUCGCGCAGGUGCAGGUGUCUGGGGAGGCUCGGGACAAGUCCUACUUGCUGCCACCACAGCCCACCAAGCAGUUCCUCAUCUCCCCUCCAGCCUCCCCGCCAGUGGGGUGGAGGCAGAGCGAAGAUGCGGUGCCGGUGAUCAACUACGACUUGCUCUGCGCCGUCUCCAAGCUGGGGCCAGGGGAGAAGUACGAACUGCACGCAGGAACCGAGUCCACCCCCAGCGUGGUGGUGCACGUCUGCGAAAGCGAAACUGAAGAGGAAGAAGACACAAAAAACCCAAAACAGAAGAUCACACAGACUCGGCGCCCGGAAGCCCCCACGGCCGCACUGAGUGAGCGGCUGGACUGCGCGCCGUGAGCCAGCCUCGGCACCGCGCCUCCCGCCACGCCUGCCGCACCCGCUCCUCGGCGCAGCCUGGCACUGCCCUGCACCCAUCCAGCAGCUGGAUAACCCCGCCAGGCCGGAACCUGGGGUGAAGUAGCAGAUUCGGCCAGUUUGACAUUUUGAACAAUGUUUAAGUGGCACUUUAAGUGACAAGGUUAGCCCCCACCACGUGGCACCUGUCUCCUCCCUGAGAAAUAUUAGUUCCCUUGAACCUUGAGAAUAUUGGGUACCAAAGGGCAGAGCUAGAGUCACCAGGUGCGCUCUGAUUUUUACAGAUUUAAAAACCAGUCUUACAAUUUCAGUAAUUCGGUGUGGGUAUUUUAGUACUGCUGUGGCAGUGUCUAACAAAUGUUGAGCAAAGGCUGAAUGUCAUUAUUCAGUAUACAGGAAAAAAACUUUCUUUUUCUUUUCUUUUCUUUUUUUUUUUUUUUUUUUUUUUUGCACAAAAAGAAACCUGAGAUAGAAAGUCCUGUAGAAGUCAUUUUUCUUAAGUAUUUUUUCACCAGCCUUGGGAUGCAAUGCCAAAUGAAUGAGAUUAUCAGAUCCAGACAGCCCGGGCAGAUGUGGUUUUGUUCUCCUCGAUGCCCAUCUUUCUUGGCUGUUGGUAAGGGUGGUUCCCAGAACCCUGCUCUCAGGGCAGCCCCUGCAGGCCUGGGCUGUGCUGGAGGAACUGGGCCUUGGCAGGGGGGUGUCACCGGGAGCUGGCUGGUGGCUUGAUGCAGGUACCUGUGGAGCUGCAGCGCCUCAGGUGAUCUCUCCACCAUCCCGCUGCCACUUUGCUGCUGCUUGAGUUUCCCUGUGCUGUGUGUGACUCGUGGGUGUUAGCCUCGAUCUGAUAAGACUUUCUGAAGACCACUUUCAGCUGGGGAGGGGUGUUUCACUUUUGCUCGCUUUGAAAACAGGGUUUCACGUUGUGGCUAGCUGGCCUCAAAUCCUCUGUGAUCCAGCCUCAGCCUCCCAAGUGCUGGAAUUACAGGGGUGAGCACCAUGUACUCCGUAUUUCCAUUCCAGUAUUUCAGCUGUGUGGAAAGAAAAAAAAAUCACCUGCACCCUUCCCCCCAACCCCCAUGGACUAGGGGGAGGAAUCAUACUUUUUUUUUUCUUUUUGAGGAGGGGUGUGUUGGGUGUUUUGUUUCGGUUUUUGUUUUGUUUUGUUUUGUUUUUUUUGUUUUGUUUUUUUGUUUUUUUUUAUGCCUGUUUGUUUGUUCUUUAUUUUGGGUUUUUUUUUUUUUGGUUUUGAUUUUUUUUUGAGAGAAGGUUUCACUCUGCAUAGCUCAGGCUAGCCUGAGACUCACUAGGUAGCCCAAGCUGUCCUUGAGCCUGAGAUGGUUCUCCUUCCCCAGCCUCUUGAGUGUUGGGAUUGCAGGCAUGAGUCACUGCGUUGCAGUUCAUACUUCCCUUUUUAAUGAAAUUUUCCACCUCGGCUUGCAGUUGACGUUCAGAUAGAAUUGCUUCUCAGACUUGAAGAUGUGUUGUGUGAACCUCCAUAGGCCCCUGCAGCCUCACUAUCGAGCUGAGACUGCAGUCCCUCUUGCAGAAGGCUCUUCUGCCCACAGGUGCGUCAGCUGGCCCCACUCUUGUGCCGUUUUCUCGAAUGGCAAGUAUUUAGAGCGGGCUGGUAUGGACACAAGCUGAGACAGGAACGGCACAGCCACUGCAGAGAAAGGAAAGUGGAGAAACUGAAGCUGUGUGUAACCAGUGUUUGCUACCUUGUGGGCAGUUCAACCCCCUAACACUAGAUAUAAGAGAAAAAAGGAUAGAGAUGAAAGGAAAGAGAUCCCUGAAUAAAAUCAGGGGCCAGAAAGGGGCGACAUCAUGCUUAGACCACUUCCUGCUGAUUAGGGACAUCAAGCUCCUUGGGGCAAGUGUGAUCUUCACAGUCAGGAUAUCUAGUUUCUUCUCCUUGUUUCUUCUUUGCACAUGACUGCUUAACAAGCCACGACCAACGACAACCUAGCAUUUAUAAACCCUCUGAGAAGUCCCCGGAAUUCCAGACAUCACACAGCCACAUCAAUGAUUUGCAGCUGGCAGAACCACGCCUCUGCUAGAGCACAAGGCAAAUCCUAGUCAGCUGCUGUAAAUCAGACCCAUAUCCCCAACACCUGGGAUUGUGAUUCUACUCACCCUGGUUUAUUGGAUCGAAAUCAUCAAUUGCCAGGUUAACGGCCAGACAUUCCAUAAAGUAAUAUGCACGUAUUUUGUUUUGUUUUGAGGUAAUAUCUCCCUGUGUUGCCCAGGUUGGUCUCAAUCUCCAGGCCUCAGUGGAUCCCACAAUUGAUUGGACCCAGGCAUAGGCACCUGCACCCAACUCUACUUUGCCAUUCUGAGAUUAGCAGUUUGUGUCUUUUGAUUGCAGAAUAGACCCAGCAAGUAUAUUUUCAACAGCUGGGAAGUUUCUGUGUUUCCCCAUUAUGUGAUACAUAUUACCUCUAAUUUUCUAAUAUCAGAACCCAAUUUUUAAAUGUCUUGGCUUUCAUUUCUACCUGCCAAUUAUAGAAUGUUUAUAUACUUUUUUUAAGUCAAAAAGUACAAAUUACUCAACUCUGUAAAAUUUUUUGAGAGUAUUAAAUUGUGUCUAUGUAUAGUGGACAGCAAAGAUAGGGAGGUCAUUUAAAUGUUCCCUGGAUAGCAGAUAUUUUUUUCCCCUUUUUCUGGUAUAAUGUUUCCAUAAGGCAAAUUCUAGAAGAAGGAAAAAAUAACCAUCUACCUUUAAUGAAAUCGAUCAGACUCUCCAGGUCUCUGUUUUGAAGCUAUUUUUUAUACCCAGUUCACAUAGCCAUUUUGUAACAAAGGAGUCUCUUUUGUUUGUGAAAAGGUCUCAGCCCAGGCUGAUCUGAAUUUGCUGUGUGGCCCAGGAUGGUCUUGGAUUCCUGAUUCUAUGGCAUCUGACUCCAAAGUCCCGGGAUGACAGAUGUGUAUGUACCACAGCACAUAGCUAACUCUUCCCCUGGCUCCUCCCAGUCAUGAGCAUCUCCACCUCCCCUUAUACCUCCUGUGGCUCCUCUCCAGUCAUGUGACACUUUUGCUCCUCCCCUGAUUCCUCCCCUGGCUUCUCUAUAGUCUCCACCUCCUCCCUAGUCAUGUGACACUCCAGCUCAUUUCUUGACUUCUCCCCAGCCCUGUCUCUGGCUCUGCCCCUGGCUCUUCUGUGAUGUAAGUUCCAAGGAGACAAUGAGCCCUUUGAGAGGACACAAGUUCAGAGCACAGGGGUUCUUGCAUGAUUUGGGGGUCCUGAAAUUCAUCGCCAAAGGCACUUAGAUGCAGUGAUAUUUCAGCUGGAGGUUGUCAGACUUAGAACACAGAAUCCAGUAGGUGGCGACUGGUGAACAUGGUCAUUUUCCUCCUCCCUCUUUUCCUCAGCACAUCUGUCUGUGUGUGGUGGCACAGGCUUGUACUCUCAGCCCACAGGAGGCUGCGGCAGGAGGAUUGCCUGUCUUAGUGUGACAGUACAGAGGAACAGAAGCCCUGGGGAACACUUGCUUCUAGCCAAGAAGUCCAUGUUCUAGUCUCAUUCUCUGCAAAGUUAGGAACAUGGAAAGAGGAAGGCGUGUGACCAACCACUUGACAGGUGACUGUUGAGGUGUCAGACUCCCGAGAGCCAGUUCCCCUCAGUCUUGAGCAGGGCAAAGUGACCCCUCAGUCAGGGUUACCAAGUGUAGCCAGCGUGCUGGCCUGUGUCUGUCACCCCAGCCUUUGGGAGGCAGACGCACAAGAACCGUUGUAAGUAAGGCAACAACAAAGGGGUUUCUGGGUGUCCACGCAGCCCCGCAGCAGGUAAUAGCCACUGUGGGCUUUCUGGCCAGGCCGGGAACUUGUAUUCCCCGUAAGGGUCUAGUCAGGGGUGAGAAGUGGCCUCAGAUAGUCAGCGUGCAGAGACCUCACUGGGGUUCGUGCUUUCUCUUGGAAACCUGUAAUUCUUGAAGUGGGUCCCGUGACCCUUGGAGGCCCUGCCUGGCCUUGACUGCAUGUGCAUUCUUGUCAUAUGGAGGAUUUCUUCUCUAUCUAUGCAGAUACUUCCUGUUUUCUGUAUUGUUUCCUGGUGGUGUCUAAUCUUCCUAAGUCAGACUGAGGACACAGGAGAGACCACAGGUGUCAGUCCGUGACGUAUGACUGUGCCAUACCCUCCCUCAGCCCUGGAGUCUUUAUUCCUGACACUGUGCACCGUUUGUGUCUUUGACGUGUGAGAAGGCGUUCACAGCCAUUGCACUUUGAUCUUCAUAACUGAACCUGCCGCUGGAUUUAGUCUCGAAUCUGGACAUGUCUGCAGCCUCCCUGGCCCCCUGCACUGUAGCGAACCAUCACUGCAUUUGUGAAAACCGGUCAGUGAUUUUUGUCCGUGUAUCCCGUUUCUUAGUGUGCUUGACUUGAUGGGCCAUAGUUCAUUAUCAGCUUCCACUGUCCUGUGUUCAAAGGAUCUCUUAAACAUUCCGUGUCCUGUGAGGUGACAAAAGCAGAAUGUAAUUUGGAGGACACCUUUGUGAUUACCUGUAACUCGUUUUGAUGUUGAAACUAAUAAAAAGUUCUUUUUUAAAUUA